AUGGCAUUGUCGGGUGAUGAGUUUGAGGAUGCUCAAUCAGAGUAUAUAUCGAAUACAAAUAAUCAAACGCCCGUUGCAGCACAAGACACGAAAGCAUCAACGAAAUCGAAGAGAAAAAAUAAAAAUAAAGGCAAGAACAAAGGUAAGAGUAAGAUUAACGAUGUAUCUUUGGAUCCUUCAGCUGAUGAGAAGGAUACCUCUAGUAAAUCUGAUCCUAGUCAAGAAGCGCUCACACUGGACGAUGUGUCUGUGCAAGCAACAGGAGAUUGGGAAGAUGACAACGGAUUGAACCCUCAGAACGUUUCUGAAGCACAUGAGAAUAUAGCAGGGAUCACAUCAGAAGUUGUGAAUGUAAACUUGAAUUCAAUCGGUGAUACUAAGGACGAGGAGUCAAAUAUUGAUUCGGUUGAAGCGCCUGACUCUGAAGAGGUUCGGAAACUCGUGGACCAGGAGGAAGUGAGCCUGGCGCAGAAUAUCACAAAUGGCUCAUCUCCCAAAGUGCCUGAAAGAACCCCAAUUAAAGACUGGUUUCUGUUGAAUGGAUUUGAAGCCGCCUUUAUCAACAAAUCAAAUCAAUCCAAGGUUGAUAAAUUUAAUCACAUAUAUUCAACUUUUGAUAAAACAAGCUCUAACUAUUUGUUGCAGUCGAACUAUAAUCAAUUAAAUGAAGAAUUUGAGUCGAAGGAUUCAAAAGUUAGAGCAUCUAUAAAUUCUGGUACAGAGAGUAUCAGAAAAACAUAUAAUGAUAUAAAGAAUACGGUAGGAAGUUUGGAUACAUUUGAAUAUAAAAUUGAUUGGGAUUUCUGGACAAAAAUCGUAAAUGACUACCAGGGAGUGCUCAAAAGUGAACCUGACCAAUUGAAUGAUUUAAUCAUGAAAGGCAUCCCAAAAGAGAUCAGAGGCAUCAUAUGGCAGCUAAUUUCAAAAUCCAAAAAUUAUCAGUUGGAGGAAUUCUACUAUCAGCUUAAGAAUGACCCUUCAGUGCAUGAGAAGUCGAUUAAGCGAGACUUGACGAGAACUAGUUUUUUCACAAAUGUUGACCAGGUCAGAAAAGGCGACGAGCUAUUUAAUGUUAUUAAAGCAUAUUCUCUCUUUGAUCCUGAUGUCGGAUAUACACAAGGAAUGAUCUUUAUAGCUAUACCUUUGAUCAUGAAUAUGAAUGAUUCGGAAUGUUUUUGUUUGUUGGUUAACCUAAUGAAAGACUAUCAAUUACGAGAAUUAUUUUGUCCUGAAAUGAAGGGAUUACAUUUGUUACUUUAUAAGUUUGAUAGGUUGCUUGAAUCUUUAUCUCCAGUGCUAUUCAACCAUUUGCUGAAACAAGGAAUUAAGUCUUCAAUGUAUGCUUCACAGUGGUUUUUAACAUUUUUCGCUUACAAGUUUCCCCUCGAUAUAGUCAUCAGAAUUUAUGAUAUUAUAAUUACUCAAGGUGUUGAAUCUAUCUUGAAAUUUGGCAUUAAUUUGAUGUUGAAGAAUGAAUCAAAUUUGCUAUUAUUAAAUUUUGAUCGAUUGUUAGAUUUCCUAAAAAACAAAUUGUUCAAUGUAUACGUGAACGAGAAAUAUAUUGACUUCCAUGAUGAGAAGCUGCUGCUGUUGAAAAGAGCAGGAAGUGUGUCUCGAAGAUUUUCAAUCUUAUCCAGUUCAAAAAGAACUUCGAAUUCUCACCCCACGCAAAAUGGCGAACAUAGCUAUUAUAGGUUGGAUGACUUAGUAUACGAUUCCAUGCAGAUCAACAUUGAUCCUGUGGCAUUGAGCAAAUUUGAAAACGAAUUCCAGAACAUCUAUGAUAAUGAGAAGGCCAAGCUCUCUGAAAUUGAAGAAAUAAAAGUUGACAAUGGGAACUUACGACAUAAGAUCAAAAUAUUAGAAACGAGCUACUCAAAUCUCAACCGUGAGCACAUUGGAAUUGUGCAACAGAUGGUAGAUAUUAAAUUUGCCUUACCUGAACUUGAAGGUGAAAUAGCUGAUUUAAAUGGGGAAAUUGACCACUUAAAGCAAGAGACAGAAGGUUUGGAGUCGAAAGUAGCUGGUGAUUCUUCCCUGGCAUCACUCAAAUCAGGCUCUACAUCUUCUAUGAAAUCACCAGCGCUUCCAUCUAAGAUUGAGAAUGACAUUCAAGAGCUAUUAAAAGUUAAUGCUAACGAGACAGAGAGGUUUGCAGAAUUGCAAGAUGAGCUUGAUACUCUUAUAAGCGAGAAUGCAAAGCUUGACACUGAGUUAGCUCUGAAAGGUAAUGGAAAAUGGUUUGGUCGCUGGAAGUAA